CCACAGGUGUCCAUGGCCUUCCAGGACCUGGCCGUGCGGUUCUCCGAGGACGAGUGGCGGCUGCUGGGGGAGGGGCAGAGGGCGCUCUACCUGGACGUGAUGCGGGAGAACUACGAGACGCUGGCCUCCCUGGGGACAGUGGAACUGCUGCCCCUCUCUGCCUUCCUGUGUCCCUCGGAGCCUGGAGGAGCCGUGGGGGGCGGGGGCUGUGCUGCUGAUGGGCAGGACCCUCCGCGGGGAGGAGGGCCCCUGGGAGGAGCCCCCCAGCACAGCCUGCACCUCAGCGCCCUGGUGCAGCUGGUGAAGGAGAUCCCAGAGUUCCUGUUCGGGGAAGUCAGCCCUGAGAGCGGGGGAGCCAGCCUGGACGGGGAGGGGGCGAGCCCCGAGGCAGCUGUAAUGGGGGAUACUUGCCCUUUCCAAGGCUUGCUCGGCUGCCUUCCGGACACACCUGUCGGCCGGCCUGGCCUGGCUGCCAUGCCCAGCGGCAGCUCAUCCAGCAGCCUGCCCAGAGCCAGGGGGCAGGGGAGCCCCCUUCCCAUCAAAACUGCUGACAUGCCAAGGCCUGUGGAGGAGGAAAGCCCAGGAGCCCACAGCCAGGAGCCUAGCCCUCCUACCUGUAGCUCCGGCAGGUGGAAGAGCCACAGGAAUCAGGAGAGAGGGGCCGCGGGGGCAGGAACCUCUCCUGGGAACAGCCCCUUGCAAGGCCUCAUCAACUGCCUGAAGGAAAUCCUCGAGCCCGGGCCCCAGCACCCCGAGCGGCCGCUGAGCUUACUGCCGCCAGCCCCCAGCCCGGGUGCGUCCCAGCUGACCAGAGCAGAGCUGCGGCCCGGGAGCCCUCCCUGGGCAGUGAAGACGGAGACAGCCUCAGGGGCUUGUCCCCUCCAGAGUCUGCUGAACUGUCUGAAGGAGAUCCCAGAGUCCCGGGACAAGCAACCCAGCCCCUCAGGAGCAAGGGACCCAUGGCUGCAGGAGGACCCAGGGGCCUGGAAAAGGAAUUCUGGAGGACCCUGCCCCUUCCAGACCCCUCCACCCGGACCUGGUCCUGGAGCUGGCAGCGUGCUCUCUGCAGUGAAGGUGGAGGACGGCUGGGCCCAGGGGCCCCCAGAGCCCACAUCCUGUCAGCUCAGCAAGCGGACCCACGGCCCUUCUGCCGCGGGCAGCCCUGGGGACAAUGGAGGCACCGCCUGGGUCCAAGUGCCCAGCUGGGGCUCUGCAGCUCGAGCCGGCAGCGCCUCGAGCUCACCCCUGGAAGCCCUGGAGGCCUGUCUGAGGGGCAUCCCCCUGAGUGGGUCGUUACCUUCCCAGCCGCCGGCCAGCUCUUGGUCCCGGAGCCCUCAGCCAGGAGACCCUGGGUCUCAGAGGCCUGAGCUGCAGCGCCUCAGAUCACACAGCAAAGAGGUGGUCUUGGGGCCUCUUCUGGCUCUGGGCCUGCGGGGCUGCAUGAGAGACCCUGCCCUCCCUGCAGGCUCCCAAGGCACCUCCACCAGCUUCUCUUCGUCCAGCAGCAUUGACGGGGACCUGGAUUUCCAGAGCCCUGAGGGCAGCCAGGGGCAUCGGCCUAGAAAAGGAAGCCCCGAGGGAAGCUCCCCGCUCCAGGGCCUGGAGAACUGCCUCACAGAGAUGCCUGCACCUGGGCCGCAGCCCACCUGGCCCUGCUCCUUGGCAGGGCACAGGGGGCCAUGGAGAGUGGAGCCCAAGAACUGGACGGCGGGCAUGGAAGGACUGAGGGGCGAGGCCUGUGAGCCAGCCCACCUGGGACAGCGAGGGGGUGACGUGCCCACCAGGAGCCUCCGCCUGGCCAGCCCACAGGCACUUGCCUCUGGCACCAUCCCGGCCUGCCACCAGCAAGGUCCCAAGGACCCCGGGGCCGCCAGGCCAGGACCGUGGAGGUGGCUCCCAGAUGGGCCAGCCACCAAGCCCUCCCCACUCCACUGCCUGGAGAACUCUCUGAAGGGGAUUUUGCCCGGGGGGCCCUUGCGCUUCGCCUGCCUGGCCGACCCUGUCCCGGGCCCCAGCCACAGCCCCAGCUCCAGCUCCAGCAGCUCAGAAGGAGAAGACCCAAGGCUGGAGCCUGAGGUCUGGCAGCCCCUCCUGCAGGAGAGGGACCACCUUCCCAGCUGCAAGGGCCUUGGCCCUCCUUCCCCAUGCCCUAGUGGCCCUCGCGCUGGCAGCAACCCUGGUGAAGGCCAGAGAAGAGGCGAGACUGGGGACCACCGUGGUCUCAGUGCAGCCGGGACCCACCCGAGGCCCCUUCCUGGAGAUCCGCCUGGGCCUCCCCCUGGAGCUGCCAUCCCUCGGGCUUUGCCGCGCGCCUCCCCGCGGCCACCGUGCCCCUGUGGGAGUUCCCUGCAGCACGAGCUCCGUAGCCUCAGUUCCGCCCUCUCGGAGAAGCUGGACCGGCUGGCUGGGACCCUGGCCGGCCUGGCUCAGGAAGUGGCCGCCGUGAGAACCCAGGUGGAUCGGCUAGGGCGGCGCCCGUGGGGCCCAGGGACGAAGGGCCUCCUCUGGGGCCCUCGCUGGACCGGUGGCCCUGCUCACAGACACCCGCCCUACUGGAGGCACAAGGGCCCCCGCAGGCCGAGACCGAAGAUCUUGCGGGACCAGGCGGAAGGCUGCAGGGCCGGCGACUCCUCAGGCCUGGCCAGCGCGAGGCCCCGCCUGGUGCCUCAGCUGCCCCCGGACAUGCCCCUGGCAGAGGCUUCUGGGCCCAGCUCUGGCCCUCUCUCCUCGGCAUGCGGCAGCCCCGCUGUGACCGCUUAUCAACCCCUCGGACGCCCGGAGGGCCACCGGAGCCCCCCGCCCCCUUUGCUGCCUGCUGCCCCACUCCUCCAGGUGACCGCCAGUGCAGGAGCAGAGCCUCGGGCUGCAGCAGCGGCACCACCCAGGACCCUAAAGUGGCCCAAGGAUCCAAGCAGCCUGUUGGCGGGGCUCCAGAGAGCCCUUGAGGGGGAGCUGUGGGGUGGGGAGCACAGGGACCCCGAGUGGGGGCCCCCUAGCCGCCGUCUUAAUGGGCUGCAUCCUGCCGAGGAUGUCCCACCCCUGGCCGCCUCUUCUGGAGGCCAGCCUCUGCCCUUGGCCCCCUGCAGCAGAACCUUCCCCGUGUCUGGACUGUGA